AUGAAAAAAUAUAAAAAACUACUUAAACCCUUUCGAUCUCUUGAUCUCUUCACUAAACCAGUAUCCUUACUAAUAAAAGAUCAAGAGCGUCACAAAACCUAUUGUGGUGCAUUUCUUACAAUUAUCAUAAUAUCAAUGAUGAGUGUCCUCUUAUUCAUGAAUUUCUUCAAUUUAGAUAAAAAUCCUCGUUCUUAUCAAUAUUAGAUCUAUCAUUAAACAUUAAACUGUACUUAGUUUAUAAAUUUUACAAUGCAAAUAACUGGAGUGGAUGAACAAAACUUAGAUGUCAAAACUUCAGAUGGUCCACUUUAAAGGAGUUAGGAUAUAUAUCAAUAUGCUUAAAAUGUUAGUUUAUAUGAAACAGAUUAAAGAGUAUAAUAUGUUAUCGUAGAGAUAUAUCUCAAAGAUGUGAGUCAAGUACAAAAAUCAGUGAAAAGUCUUGAUUUUUCGUUUGAAAUACCAACUUUUUAUUAUGAUUUAUAAGAUGUUAAAGAUCCUGUAAAAAUAAGAAUGGAGAAAAUAGAUACUACUUUAAGUCCAAAUAUUCAAAAAAGAAUUGAUAUUUACAUGAGUCCUCUUACAGUAAUUUCAGAUAGUGGAAUGGUAUUAAAAGAUGAGACAAAGUAAAGUUUAUUAGCAUAUUAAUAUCAUAAAGAAUCAUACGAAUUUGAGAAUCCAUAGAUGCUGCUUCAUUUAAGAAUACGUUUGGAUAAAACUGAAUUUGUUUAAUACAGAUCAUAUCCUAAAUUAUAAUAAAUUCUUGGAGAAGCUGGUGGUUUAUGGAAUGUCAUAUUUACAUUAGCAAUGUUUUUAUAAUUACCAUUCAGCAAUUUAUCUUAUCGAUUGUAAAUAGUGAAUUCACUAUUUAAUUUUUCCAAUGAAGAUGAUACAACAACUGAUAAUGAUAGGAUGUAGGUUGUAAAUGAUAAAUUUAUUGAGAAAGUUUCAAUUCCAUAAUAGAUAGAUAAGAAAAUUCCAUUAUGUUAUAGUGAAGUGAAUCUUCCAAUAGGACCUGUGUUGAAAAAGUAAAAAUCUUGGAGUCAAUUAAACUAAAUGAAUAUAAAAAAAAGAUUAUAUAGUAUUUAAAGAAAGAGUCAAUUGAUUACAGAGGCUGAUACUGAUAAUUAGAAGGCACAUAUAACAAAUGAGAUAUCUGCAUCAAUUAAAAGAUUUUUCAGAGUAGUUACCAAAAAGCUACAUUUAAAUUUCUUAGAAUAUAUAACCUUUCAAUUUCCAAGAGGAAAGAAUAAUAACAAUAUUAAGUAGGAGUAAUUCGAUUUUGCGGUUAAUCGGAUUCUAAAGUCUCUUGAUAUUUUGUACAUUAUCAAUAAAUUACAUGAAAUUGAUAAAUUAAAAUACAUUUUAUUGAAUAAAGCUUAGAUAAAGAUGUUUGAUUAUUUACCUAAACCAUUUAUAGGAUCAGACCCAGAAGAUAUAUCAGAUGAUAAUUUCUGUUCACUUUUGAAACCAGCGAAGACUCCUUAUUAGAAGGCAUUGGAGGCUUAACAAGCAUUUAAAGAGAUUAUUACUAAUUAUUAAGAUCCAAUAAAUCAAAAAUUGAUAAACAGUAUGGAUGAACCUAUCAUAGAUUUAAUGAAAUUAUAGUUGAAUUAAGAUAUUUAAAUUUUAGACACAUCAGUGAUUAAUUAAUUAGUUCAGAGUGCGGAAUACAAAUUAGAUACAGAAAGAUAAUGA